AAUCGCAGUUUUGUUUUGUCUUGUUUGAAGUUUCAACAACCGGGUGGAGGUGCUCACGCUUUGAAGAGAAUCCCUCGCAUCAAGUUCCCCAACAGGCACCAUAAAUCCUCUGGUUCUACCUCUGAGACUCAUGUUUCGCCGUCAACAAGCGGUGGUAGUUUAUCAUUCUUUUCAAGUUCAAAAGCUUCAACAACGACUACAUUAGGAGGAAAGGCCUCUCUUCAGCCCAAAAGAACUCCAGUGACCAACGAAGAGAUUGAGGCAGUUUUGUUGGGUGGCUGCUUCUAAUCGAUUGUUCUGAAAACAAACUACAUGAAUAUUUUUUCUGUGGCUUUGAUUCAUCAAAGUUCACCUACGGGUCCUUUUUCAUUUUGUUACUUGGGUGUUACUAUGUUUUAAGCAAAUUAUUGAUUUGAUUGUCUGUCAAUAAUGCAAUCCAAUCAGGAUUGAAAUUGGAGACUAUAUUAUCUACCAAUUUAAUCAUUACUUCUCUUAUUAACCAAUUUAUCUAGACAUAACUUGUAUUA